AGCAAUACACUUGUUUUCUGUUUAAAUUGAGCUCAUAAUCUCCUUUAUCUCUCUCUAUCUCUGUCUUAAACAUACACACAAACACACUGAUCUUGUACCAAAGCAUCCAUCAAAGUUUUCUGUGAAGAUACAAUGGGAAAGGUUCCUUGCUGUGACAAAGAAGGAUUAAAGAAAGGUCCAUGGACUGCAGAGGAGGAUCAGAAACUCAUUGAUUAUAUUCAAAAGCACGGGCACGGUAGAUGGAGAAUCCUUCCCAAAAAUGCAGGUCUGAAAAGGUGUGGAAAGAGUUGCCGGCUUCGCUGGACAAACUAUUUGAGGCCUGAUAUCAAGAGAGGAAGGUUUUCAUUUGAAGAAGAAGAGACCAUAAUACAGUUACACUGUGUUUUGGGAAAUAAGUGGUCUGCAAUUGCUGCUCGCUUGCCAGGAAGAACAGAUAAUGAGAUCAAGAACUAUUGGAACACCCACAUCAGGAAGAGGCUACUAAGAAUGGGAAUUGAUCCAGUAACUCAUACCCCACGCUUUGAUCUUCUUGAACUCACUUCAGUUCUGAACUCAUCUCUCUACAACUCAUCUCAACUUAAUCUCCCCAGUUUGCUAGGAAUUGGACCUAUCUUAAAUCCAAAUAUGCUAAGUCUAGCCACAGCUCUCUUUUCCUCUCAAUGCAGAAACACAGAAAAUAUUACUUCUCAGUAUCUUCACCAAAACCAGCUUGACCAAAACUUAGUUCAAAACCAGCUCCAGUCCACCCAACCAGUUCAGCUAAACCCAAUCAACUCCUCCUCACAAGCAAACCAGCUGCAGUGCCCUGUCCAAGAAAUUCAACCUUGUGCAACUUCAAACAUGAUGAGCACUCCAUUUUCAAGUGAAUCCCAGUUCACACAAGUCAAAAUGGAACAACUCCCUCCAAAUCUUACCAAUUUCAGCUACCAGAAUUCUCCAACAAAAUUGUGGCAAAAUAACGGAGAGCAUCCUAAUGAUUUUGCUGUGAGUGAUUAUUCCUUACUAAAAUUUGAUCCCGUUAUUGACCCUCAAUUUGAAAACCAAAUUUUACAGUCCAACAAUGAUGAGAGCAUACCAAAUUUCAGUUUUGGUACGCUUAUAUCGACACCUUCAACGAGUCCCACUCCCUUGAAUUCAUCGUCUACUACAACCUAUGCCAACUGCAGUACUGAAGAUGAAAGGGAUAGUUACUGCAGCAAUAUUUUGUUGUAUGAUAUGCCAAAUAGCUUAAAUGCCAGUGGAGUACUGCAUAUGUAAGCCUACAGGGCUACGUUCAAUCUGUACUGUGCAGCAACAUGCUAGCUUAAGUUUUCAGAUAUUUUUAAACUGUGUCUAAUGUUUAGAUCGUUUGUUUUGGAA